CUCUCUUGGAAUGGUCGUAGCCGUCGCUAGAUCGGAUGGGCAUUUUGACCACCUACGGGUGGUUGUGCGCUGCAUCCGUCGUGUUUGCUGCGCUGGUGGCCCGAUGGCACUCUCAACGAUGGAAGUGGCGGCCGGAUGCGAAGACAUCCAUGAAGAUGGUGAAGGGCGUCACCAAGAGGAAUUUCACAGUGGCUUUCCAGGAAGCCUUGACCAUGGAGGAGUGCCUGAAGGUCCAAGACCUCUUCCAGGACCAGCAGGCUGCUCUGGUUGGCGACACCAGCGGCUUACUUCGUGAAAACGUCCGUGCAGCUCAGAUGGUCACCUUGGACCCAAGUGAUGUUCGGUUCCGGUGGCUCUUCGAGCGUUUGUGGCGCCUGGCGGAGGAGGCGAAUGCGCGAGCCUGGCAGCUGGGGCCUUUAUGGGACGUGGAGCCGAUCAAUCUGGUGAGCUAUCCUGCUGCAAGAGUUCAGAGCGAUGCGAACGGUCACUACGACUGGCAUACAGAUAUCAUGCCGGAUUCGCACAAGGAGGGCCGACUGCUGUCCCUGUCCAUCCAGCUUUCAAAUGGCACAGACUACAAAGGAGGUCAACUUUUGGUUGGGACAGAGGAGGCACCCCGACGCCUGGGCGAUGCAGUGGUCUUUCCGUCCUACAUGGCGCACAGCGUCUACCCUGUUGUGAAGGGAGAAAGGCGCGCGCUGGUGGCCUGGAUCCGGGGUCGCAUCAAAGAUGGGCUUUUGGCCGAAGCCAUGGGGGCGCACCUGCGCGCCAUCCAGGACACGGGCAGCUGGAAGCUCCUGGCGCACAGGAGUCAAGCCAAGAAGGAGGCCGCGGAGGUGCUUCGGCGCGUGGCACUGGAGGACCCUCAUUCGCCCGGUGCCUUGAAUAACUUGGCUAUCGCGGAGUACCGUCAGGGUCAUAUGCCAGCAGCCAUUGACGCCUUGCUCUAUGCGGUGCGUUUGCGGCCAGAGGAUGGUGAAGUGCAAGCCAACUUGGGCCGCUUCUUCUACUUGCAUGGCCGCCCUGCACUGGGCACCUAUCACCUCGCCCAGGCCGUACGCCUGUGGCAUCGAUCGGCUAUUCUGCUCACCGCCUUCAUCAUGACGCUUUACUGUAGUGUUUGUGGAGUCUUUUGGUGCUGUUGUUUGAAGCUGAUUGGCUGGCCACGACAGGUCAAAGAGGCGCAGACGGCUGACGAUGCGGCUGCGCCAGAGGAAAAGGGCUGCGAAUGGCCCAGGGAAGGUCGGCCGCUCCAGGUCGGCCGCUCGGACCAUCAGGCGCAACUGGCAGAGUCCGUCUCGGACCAAUUCAGGUUUCAGCGAGAGAUCCACAUCGCCAAGAAGCUGGAUCAUCCAAACGUGGUCCGGCUCUACGAGACCUUCAAAGAUGCAAAGAAGAUCUACUUGGUCAUGGAGCUUUGCACUGGGGGCGAGCUCUUUGACCGCAUCGUGGAUGAGGCGAGUGAGGGGAUGACUGGGGCCGACGAUUUGUGUGGAGCGACGAUUCGAACGGUCAGUAUGGAGUGA